GGGCUUGACUUUCGCUCAUGCCAAGUGGAGCCUUCCCGAUUGGUACAAAGGCGGUCGACGCUACGACCUUGUCACAACAUUGGAACCUUCCCAGGCAAGACUUUACCACAUUCACCCCACCCCCCGCCAACCACCACGACAUCGAAUCCACCUCCAGACUCCGCCAACCGGGUCGCGCACAUUCGCACAUACUAUUGAUCCCAACAUAGCCCUAAGAUAAAUCUCCAGACAUGGCUGGCGGUGGUAAAGGAAAGACAGGAGGCAAGACUGGUGGAAAGGGCGAUUCCCAAGUCAAGACCCCAAAAUCGCACUCCGCCAAAGCCGGUCUUCAAUUCCCUUGCGGUCGCAUAAAGCGUCACCUCCGAAAUCUCACGCGCCAGAAGACGCGCAUCGGUGCCAAAGCCAGCAUCUAUCUGACUGCCGUUCUUGAAUACCUGACUGCUGAGGUUCUCGAGCUUGCAGGCAACGCUGCCAAGGAUCUCAAAGUCAAGCGCAUCACGCCACGCCAUCUCCAGCUCGCUAUCCGAGGUGAUGAAGAACUCGAUACGCUUAUCCGUGCCACCAUUGCCUUUGGAGGUGUUCUGCCGCAUAUCAACCGUGCCCUAUUGCUCAAGGUAGAGCAGAAGAAGAAGAGCGGAGGUGCUGCCAAGGUCGGCGAGGCGUAGAGGGCUAAUUGUUCCGGAAGCGUGCAGGCAAAAGUUGUCAAAUGGGCGGCUAAGCGAAUCGAUUUUCGAGCUUGCAGAGCAUGCGACACACCCUCGAAUCACAAGAGCCCCAAAUCACUUCCAGUUUUGCUUAGCUUCUAUGAGCUAUUUUACUCCGAAAGCCGCACUUCUUUUGCUGAGAUUUCGAAAUGUCAGGAUAAGGGUGUGAACUGUCUUUGGUUAGGCGUGCGCAGGAACGGUGUUGAUGGUCAUGUCCUUUUUUUUCUUUAUCAUUUCGUGGUAUGUAGUAACAUGUUCGAGUCAAUGUCACAGAAUAGCAGGGAGAGUCGGUUUGGUUUGCCUCUACAAUCAUGAAAGCUCCGUCUUCCUAACGGAAAGCGAUCAAACCACAGAGACUUCAAUCACACAAGCGUGCAAGCGAAUGCCAUGCUGCCC